AUGGUGGUUCCUGAUGUGAUUCCUGAACCAGGCAGUUCUCCCUCCUACUCCAACGUCAGAACGUCCCAGGACGCCGAUACCAAAUUUGUCAUCUCCCCGGCGAUCCACUUCGCAGUUAGAUCUUGGAGUGUCAACGUGAUUCCUGGCUUAGGCAUGUCACAACGCCCUUUCCUUCAAGGGAGACGAGGGGAUAGAGGACACACACGCGCCCCCAGUUACCUCCAAGUGAGACGAAGGGUUAGAGGACAGUCACGGGCCCCCAGUUACCUGCAAGUGAGACGAAGGGAUAGAGGACAGUCACGGGCCCCCAGUUACCUGCAAGUGAGACGAAGGGUUAGAGGACAGUCACGCGUCCCCAGUUACCUGCAAGUGAGACGAAGGGUUAGAGGACAGUCACAGGCCUCCAGUUACUUCCAAGUGAGACGAAGUGAUAGAGGACAGUCACGCGCCCCCAGUUACCUGCAAGUGAGGCGAAGGGUUAGAGGACAGUCACGGGCCCCCAGUUACCUCCAAGUGAGACGAAGGGAUAGAGGACAGUCACGGGCCCCCAGUUACCUGCAAGUGAGACGAAGGGUUAGAGGACAGUCACGCGCCCCCAGUUACCUCCAAGUGAGACGAAGGGAUAGAGGACAGUCACGCGCCCCCAGUUACCUGCAAGUGAGGCGAAGGGUUAGAGGACAGUCACAGGCCCCCAGUUACUUCCAAGUGAGACGAAGGGAUAGAGGACAGUCACGCGCCCCCAGUUACCUGCAAGUGAGACGAAGGGUUAGAGGACAGUCACGGGCCCCCAGUUACCUCCAAGUGAGACGAAGGGAUAGAGGACAGUCACGGGCCCCCAGUUACCUCCAAGUGAGACGAAGGGUUAGAGGACAGUCACGCGCCCCCAGUUACCUCUAA